AUGAGCACCUCCAGAAAGGCUGAACACAAGGGCUCCCGCAGUACAAGCGGCGCAUCCAGGGCCCGCCUCUACGCCUUGAUACUGUCUGAAGAGCAGGAGCAACAACGCAGCUCAGAAGAGGCUGCUGCACAGGAACGGCAGAAGCUCCGUGUGGCUGCCUGGAAGCAUGUGUCGCAGCUCAUUGCAGAGAUGCCUAAUGUGCCGGCAAGGGCGGUUGAAGCGCAAGCAAAAUGGAUGCGCGAACUACGGGGCCACUUGGGAUUCAUGACGCACCAAUUGCGCGACCUCACACGCAAGCUCACACUUGACGCCGCACACUCGCUGUGCGAACGUACUCUCGCAGGCGAAUUCGAAGACGACACGCAGCGGCUGAUCACGCUGACCCUUGAGUUGCGUGGCUUCGGGGUGGAUAAUGAUGAACUUUACAAUGUGGUGCUAGGGGAAGAGCCGCGGGUAUCCGAUGAGGGAGAUGGGGCGCACGCGUCGCAUGAUGGGGAGGUGGCAAACGCAAACAGAUCACCGCCACAGGACGUGGAAGAAAUGGAGGCACAGGAAGCACCACCGCUUCCCGCAGUACCAUCGACCUCCCGCGGUGGAAACCCGAGUCAGGUAUUAGAGCGUGAUCUUGACCUGGAGGACAUACCUUCUGCUGUGUGCUCGGUGGCUGUAGCAGGUCAAGGUCGGGGCCGAGGACGCGGUCGAGGGCGUGGUAGAGGGCGUGGUAGAGGACGCGGCGUUGCACACAAUAUCGAGAUCACUGCUCACCGUAAGCUCGUAGAAGCGGAACGUAUGGCCGAGUUUGCGAGAGAACGCGAAGACGACAUCCGUCUUACAGGCGACACUACGUGCACAUAUUGUAUUAGCUCGGGCCGCAAGGAGUGUGUUUUCCACAUUGGUGGCUCAAAGUGCACUGCCUGCGCCGUGAACAAAAAGGGCUGCCAAGGAAGCGAGAAGAACAAAACCACAGACUAUGUGCCGGUCCAGGCUGUCGACGACGAAGAAGGGCCGGCAGCGUCAAAGCGCACGCGAGUCAGGAAACGCGGCUCUCCGAGCCCUCAGAGGACAGACGGAAACAAGCGCCCCAAAACCGUGGCGUUCUCGCUUGUCGCCGCAGAGCCGUCUCGUGUCCCUUCAUCAUCGACGCAGGCUGGUAGUUCCUCCCGCAUGGGCGAGUCAGUAACGUCCGACACUCGCACACUUUAG